ACAGGCACCUGCCACCAGGCCCAGCUAGUUUUUGCGUUUCUGGUAGAGACGGGGUUUCACCAUGUUGGCCAGGCUGGUCUUGAACUCUUGACCUCAGGUGAUCCAUCCACCUGGAUCUGGGAUUGGGGGCGUGAGCCUCCGCCCCAGCCGGCUUUGAAAUUUAAUCUCAGUUCUCAUUAGCGCUCAGGGAAGUAACAUUUGUGUCUGCACCCCGGGUAUAUUGUAUAAGUUAGUUUUACGAGUACCAUGUGGUUUAAACGUGGAAGAGUCUUCCCGGGAUAGCCCCGAUAUAAUUUGAGAACUUAGGGUUUGGCUGUGGCCGAAUCUGACCCGAGUCUCAUCCAGGCGGGCGCCUCGCACCCACGUGGUCCAUCAGACCCACUUUUCACACUCGGUUCCAGGAGUCUGGGACUGGUGGCCUAAACCUCAAGUUGAACCGAAGUGUCCUGCUUGAAGGGGGAGGGAGACCCACUUCUUUCUGUUGAUGUUUUAAUUGAAAUUUUUUCUCUCACAUCACACCGACUUUGACAUUCCUUCAGAGUUUCUGUCUGACCUCUGUCUUCCAGGUUUUGACAUUUUGCCUGUAAGUGGAUAAGGGUGAGGCUGGAUUUAUUUAAAAUGCUCUUAACCCGCAGACCAUAAGAGGGAGAUCAGCCUCGUGCGGAAUUUGCUUUAGACGGUGGGAGGUGUGUGUUUGCUGGUUGCAGAGUCAAUUAGGUGAUGAACUCGCCCGUGGCUGGGUGAAGCACCCCUUCUUCCCUGCAGCGGGGCCCUGGCUCUUCUGCGGGGGGGCUGGGGUGAGGACACACCUGUGCGUCCACCUCCAGGAGGCAGAGCCCAUUCCCUGCAGCGGGGCCCUGGCUCUUCUGCGGGGGGCUGGGGUGACGAUGCACCUGUGCGUCCACCUCCAGGAGGCAGAGCCCAUUCCCCAAAGUCUGCAUUGUUUUAGCAGGACUGUUUGUUUUUAACAAGUCACUUUUUGGGAAACCGUGAAUUCCGUUUACAGAAGUUUACUUCAUUUUACAGAGAAUCGGUUUCCGUGUUUUCCGGGAGUGAAGACAGACAUUGUGUGAAAUGCGUGCUGUCUGCGGGGUGGUGGAGGAAUCACGGGCUUAUUUUGGGGUAUUUGUGGGGGCAGUGCUGGGAGAGAAGUGGGCGUUUCCUGGCUGCGUUCACUCCCCACGUGAGUGUGGGCUCUGUCAGGUCCCCCCAGUUGGACACACCCUCAGGAGGGUUGUCAGGGAGCAUCGUGUUGGAGCCGCUGGACGUAUCUGGGGGCCGCGCCUCUGCCCUGGGACGCUGCAGGCUGGGCAGCACGGUGCUGUCUCAGGGGUCCCGUGACAGGCACAGCCUUCCGCGGCUAACGUAGACUCUGCAGCCACGAGCCUCUGGUGGGGGCUCCUGAGCUUGUUCUUCCGAAUGUGCAGACGUCCCGCCUGGGCUUCUGUUCCUGCAAACCCCCUGGCGGAUGUUCCCUGCCCGGCUGGUGAACCCAGGCUCCUCCUCCUCCCUGUCACUGCCCACUUCCCAGUCACCGGCAUCCUUGCCAAACCAAACCAGGUUGGGGGGGGCGGGUCAGCGAUCGCCGGCCUUGGGAGGGGAACAGCAUGCAUUCACGCCAUGGGUUCCGGGAGGCGCCUGUGUGACGACAGCAUGUUACACGUACUCUCACCGUGGGUCCGGGGAGCCCCGUGUGACGACAGCAUGUUACACGUCCUCUCGCCGUGGGUCCGGGGAGCCCCGUGUGACGACAGCGUGUUACACGGCCUCUCGCCGUGGGUCCGGGGAGCCCCGUGUGACGACAGCGUGUUACACGGCACACGCUCUCACUGUAGGACCCAGCGUGUACCUGGAGCGUGGCCGUGCAGCUGCCUGGCCGAGCUCUUCUUGCUGGAGCUACUCUGCCUGCGCCUGUGCCCAGGGAUUCUCGGGCCUUCUGUCCCCGGGCAACAGCAGGACAGCUCAGACCUUGUUCCCAGCCCAGGACAGCUGUGCUGCCGCAGCCCGGCCCUCCCUGCCUGGGGAGUGACUCUCCCGCUCCCCACACACUGGUUCAGCACGCAGAUGCUCCUCGUCACCUGUCCUGGUCACACAGACACUGUCCAGCGUCCCCACGGGGUCCUUCGGGCGCAGGGAGUCCUUCGGCUGUGCGUUGCAGCCUCUACUGAGGGUGCCUUCCGCCGGCCCCUGCUGCUCCGGCACCUCCUCUGUGGCCUUGACCGUGGUGUCUGGUGCUGCUGGGGUUGGGGCGAGGGUCCUUCCUGCUGGUCACCGCGCCCGGCCUGCCGUGCGCACCCUCUGCACACGCGGGGGUCCCGCCCGCGGCUGGUGUCCCCAGAGGACGUGUGACAGUUGCACGUGGCCUGUGUUCUCUGGGGACUCACGUGCACCCAU